AUGACGGUGGGGGUCCUAACUGAACGGUUGGAUGCUCUUCUUCUGGGAAAAGCAGAAACUGAACAACAGUGUCUAUGUCUGAAAAAGGAAAAUAUUAAAGUGAAGCAAGAACUUGAGGAUUCUGUAACUAAGCUGGAAGAUAUGAAGAAAGAGUUUGAGCAAUCACAUAGAAACUAUGAAAAAGGACUUGAAAGCUUUAAAAAUGAAUUGAUGGCAGUGCAGUCAGAGCACAGUAAAGAAAAAGCCAUCUUACAACGAGAGCUGGAAGAUGCAGGAAAUAAACAAUUAGAGCUGUUAGAACAGCUUAAAUCUCAGAGUGACUCUGAAGACAAUGAAAAACUACAAGAAGAGAUUCAGAACAUUACGGCGGUAUUUGAAGAACAAAUGUUAUAUCUAAAAAAGCAGGUAGAAGCUACCAACAAGGAAAAAAAUGAAGAGAUUAUUCAUCUCCAAAAAGUCAUUGAGGACAAUGCUGAGCACUACCAAAAAUCUCAAGAAGAGAUUUUGCAGCUGCACGCUACACACAGAGACAAAGUUAAUGAACUGAUGUCUCAAGUGGAAAUAUCAGCUAAAGAACAUGAGGCAGAAAUAAAUAAGCUAAAAGAGAAUAAAGUGCUACAGGGUGGGGCAAGUGAGACCAUUCAGGAGAAACUCCAAUGUGAGUCAGAAAACUUAAAUGAAUGCAGCUCAGAGGCAAGCCAGGAAAGUCAGAAUUGCUCUGUGCCCUUACAGGAAGACCCUUGUGCAGAACAAACAGUAUAUGAUAAGGUCAGACAACUGGAAGAUUCCUUAAAAGAACUGGAAUCUCAACACAGUAUCUUAAAAGAUGAGGUGACUUACAUGAAUAAUCUCAAGUUAAAACUUGAAAUGGAUGCCCAACAUAUAAAGGAUGAGUUUUUCCAUGAGCGAGAAGACUUGGAGUUUAAAAUUAAUGAGCUUCUGCUGGCUAAAGAAGAACAGGGCUAUGUAGUAGAAAAAUUAAAAUACGAGCGAGAAGACUUAAACAGACAGCUUUGCUGUGCUGUGGAACAACAUAACAAGGAAAUACAGUGUCUUCAGGAGAACCAUCAGAAAGAAAUGUCUGAACUAAGUGAGACACUUAUGUCAGACUCAGAAAAAGAGAAGUUAGCAUUAAUGUUUGAAAUACAGGGUCUUAAGGAACAGUGCGAAAAUCUGCAACAUGAAAAGCAAGAAGCUGUCCUAAAUUAUGAGAGUUUACAAGAGAUGAUGGAAAUUUUGCAAACAGAACUGGGAGAAUCUGCUGGAAAAAUAAGCCAAGAGUUUGAAACAAUGAAGCAACAGCAAGCAUCUGACGUUCAUGAGCUUCAGCAGAAGCUGAGGACUGCUUUCAAUGAAAAAGACGCUCUCCUUGAAACUGUGAAUCGCCUCCGAGGAGAAAAUGAAACGUUAUUAUCUCAGCAAGAAUUAGUACCAGAGCUUGAAGGCACCAUAAAGAAGGUUCAGGCAGACAAUAGCACCUUAGCCAGUCUUGGCCAAAAAGAUAAAACAUUACGGGAGUUAGAGGCAAAGAUACAUUCUCUUGCCGAAGAAAGUGAUUUUGUAAGUAAAAUAAAAAUUUCCCAUGAAGAGAUAAAUGGUCUCCAUCAGAAAUGGGAACAGGAGCAGAGAUUGACUCUAGAACUCAGGGAAGCAGCAGCGCAAACUGCCCAGCACAACAGUGAACUGAGACAAAGAGUAACUGAGUUAACAGGGAAACUAGAUGAAAUAGUAAGAGAAAAGAGUCAAAAUGAUCAAAGCAUUAUGGUUCAAAUGAAAACUGUGACUGAAGACCAAGAAGCACUACCCAGUUGUCUAAGGCACAGGAUGCUCACCAAACCAUGGCUUCUGUGUCUCUUGAAAGCCUGUGCACAAAUAAACCCUUCUUCCUUAGAGCCGACUCUGGCCUGGAAUUUGGUGAUAGCCAUGAAAAAAAUAACCAGAGUCCUGGUAGUGAUCUAUAUGUGUUCCUGGAAUUUCCCACAAAAUGAAGUACUUGGAACUGAGUUGAACAUCAUGGCCAGCCACUUGGGAGACGGCAUCCUUGAAAAGAAUUUCAGGAUCUUAACCUCCCUUGCUUGUGGUACAUUCUGGGAGGUGAUGCUUGCCUGCCACCUUCCCACGCAGGCACCUGUGGCUGUGAAGAUCCUUGAGAAGCACAAGGCUCUGGCUGAGCUCAGCUCUACAGUAGACAUCCUCCAAUCUUAG